CUGGGUCCUUCCGGCUUCUGCAGUGAAGUGAUGCGAACUCCUCUUCCGUUGGCCUUGUCUGUGGCUGGGCAGUCGCCUUGAAGAAAUCAAAACCUCAAAGAUGAGCCAUUUCUGGACAUUCCUUACCCACGUUCACACUGUUGCCGGGCCGGUGACGAUGCUGCUUUACCCUCUGUAUGCGUCAGUGAUGGCGAUAGAGAGCCCUGGUAAGGAGGACGAUGAGCAGUGGCUUGCGUAUUGGAUCAUUUACAGCUUCUUAACCCUCUCGGAGAUGUUAUCGUCGAGGGACCCAGAAAAGAAUGAAGGAGUGGAAGAGGAAGGGAUCCGUAGCCUGCUUUAGUUUUUUUUUUUUUGUUUUAUUAAUUUAUUAGUUAAGCCACACCCACCCAAGAAUCACAA